AUGGAUGGACUAACAUAUCCUGUAUCUGUACAGAAAAUUCCUGUGGUGGAGCGGCAAAAUGAUCUACGUAUAAAUGUUUUUGGAUAUGAAGAUGGCCAGAUAUUUCCGGUGUACAUUUCAAAGAAGAUGAAUGAAGAGUGCGUGAACUUACUCCUACUUAGCAAUGGUGAAGUACAACACUAUACUCUUAUAACAAACAUGUCAAGAUUGUUGUGUGAUGAAAGCAACCAUAAUGGCAAAACUUUUAUUUGUUUCCGAUGUCUUCACCGAUUUUCAAGAGAAGAUUUGUUGAAGGACCAUACUAAAUACUGCAGUGAGCAUGGUGCUCAAAAGGUAAAGAUGCCUGUUGAAGGAAGCAACUUGUUGUACUUUAAGAACCAGCAUUUCCAACACGAUAUUCCGUACACUAUUUUUGCUGACUUUGAAUCAAUAUUAGUGCCAAUCGAUGGCGUGAAGCCCGAUUUAAACAUGGCAUUCACCCAAAAGUCCGCAAUACACAUUCCUAGUGGAUAUGCAUACGUUAUAAUUGGCCCCGAUGGGCAGUGCGUGAAACCAAUGCAUUGUUACAGAGGGGAAAAUGCUGUAAAUAAUUUCUUGGAGAAAUUAUUAGAAGAAAAAAAAUUUUUAGAAAAUAUAUUAUUUGCCAUCAAACCAUUAAAACUUAGUUUUGAUGAAGAACUCUCCUUUCAGCAGGCUACGCAUUGCUUCUUGUGCAAGAAAGAGCUGAAAGAAGAUCGGGUAAGAGAUCACGAUCACCUAUCGGGUAGAUAUAGAGGUGCUUUACAUAGACAGUGCAAUUUAAACUUCAGCUUGAAGAAGGUAGUUCCUGUGGUAUUCCACAAUCUGAAAAACUACGACGCCCACCACAUUAUGUGUGAAAUUGGAAAAAUUAAAGGAUACGAGUUGAGUGUCAUCGCCACCAAUAUGGAGAAAUAUAUUUCAUUUUCAUUAACGAAUAAAAGUAAGGAGAAAAAAAUUGAAUUGAAAUUUAUUGAUAGUUUGCAGUUCAUGCCGUCUUCAAUAGAAAAGCUUGUUUCGAUUUUAUCCGAAGAAAAUUUCGUGGUGCUAAAGCAAACCUUCCCAGUGAACUCUAACUUACUGAUUAGAAAGGGUAUUUACCCAUAUGAAUAUGUUACAUGCUUUGAAAAAUUUGACGAAAAGGAACUGCCGAGCAAAGAUGCAUUUUACAGUUCGCUGAAAAAAGAAGGAAUGGCGCCACAAUCUUUUUUUCUUACGUUACAUCAAACUCUAAAGCUGAAACUAGUUAGUGUUGCCAUCCUAAAAAUAUAA